AUGCAAUCAACAAACAACUGUGAUAUUAUUCAACCAGAUGUUUAUUCAUUGCAUUAUAAUAAAGAUUUAUGGGAUCCUGAAGAUGCAAAAGAAUUUAUUCCUGAACGACAUCCGAUGGCUUUUAUGCCAUUUGGUCAAGGUUCAAGAAAUUGUAUUGGAAUGCGUUUUGGUUUAAUGAAAAUAAAAUUAUGUUGGGCUCAAUUUCUUAGUCCAUAUAAAAUUAGCAUCGGUGAUAAAACAAAAAAUAAUUUUAUUAUUCGAGAAAUUUUAGUUAUUCAACCUGAUGCUGUUUAUAUCAAACAUGAAAAAAGCAAGUAUUAUUUUCUUCUGUUCUUCUGCUAAGAAAAAAUCGUAAAAUAGUUUGAUUAAAUAAAAAAAAAAGAUAAUUUGAAUAAGAAAAAGAAGUUUUCUUUUAUGAUGAAUGACAGAAGAACGUGUUUUGUAUUUUUGAUACGAUUUAAAUUACAGUUCGUUGAAAAAAUUGAUUGAAUUAGAAAUUAUUUAAUAAUAAGUUUGCAGGAAAUGAAUAGUUUUUGAAAUUUUACUAAAUAAUAUAUUUUUCUGAAGUGAAAAUUUAUGAAAAAAAAUAAGAAAGAAAGGUCGAAGAUGAAACUUUUAAUUAUUGCUUUGUUUUUCUUUAUUUAUUGAAAGAAAAUAUUAAUUAGGGUGGGUGUAGUAAGAAAGACUCACACCCACGUCCAUCAAAGGAUUUUCAAUAAGCGACAGCAUUUAUCCUAUAUCAAGUGAAUUGGUUUUACUCAUAGCAGAAUUAAUUGAAGCAGUUAAAUUCAAGUAUGUAUGCCAAGCAUACCUGCCAGUAAAAUCUAAAGUUAUCGAUUGAUCGAGAUGAUUAAAAUAGAACAUGAGAUAUAUCCAACAUUCCUAACAAAUAUAUCGUUUGACAGAAGCAGAUAUUGUAGGAUCUAUAUUGCCAUCAUAUCGGUUUGCAACUUCUAUACUCAUCUGGUUAUCGCUGAUAGAAAAUAUUAUGCAAAAUAGAUUAUAGUUAUUACAGUCACUAAUUAUGGUUUAUGCAUCAUAUCUAGCUAUGAAAAUUCAAGCGCUCAAUGUAAAACUAUUUGCAUAACCUUGUCCAAAGUAGUCUGACUUGAAAAACUGAGCACUAUUGAUACUAGUCUUAUUGUUUAAACACGUCACCCAUUCACUUGCAUCAGUACACUCGAACGUCUAGUAGAUAUCAUCUCUGAAAAUGAGUUUUCUCGGGUGACAUACCAUAAAAAAGUUCAAAACUGAUGCAAAAAUCGAACGAGAUCAUGUCAAAAAGAGGCUAAUGUUUGAAUUCAUUGUUAAAUUGUUUUCUAUGCUAUGCUUAGAGAUCUGAGGAUCAUUUUCAAAUAGUCACAUACGAAUUUUAUACAAAUUUUAAUAACCAUCUACUACAGUUAUUAUCAAUUGAAAAGAAAUUCCUUCACAAUCUGAAAAGUGCUUAUUUUCUAAACAAUGUCUAUUGAUCAUUCGAAUCAAUGUCCAUAUCUAUGAAUUUAACACAUGUAAAUGAGCUGAAAAUUUAAGGAUCAACCUAUAUUAGAUGUUCAAAUUGCCAAGAAAACGUUUUUCUGUAGAUGCAUUCAUCGUAAAUACAACACCGAUUUACAAGUAUAAUUCUUUGAGAGUGGAAUGUCUGCACACGAAAAAAAAAACGAUAAUUUACAUUCGAUUUUCUCUUAACAAAACUAAAUAAGAUUUUGAAACAACGCUUUAUUCGAGUAAAACUAAUUUAAAAUAUGACUUUAAUGAAUUAUUUUUUUAAAAUUGAUGCGCAUUGAUUCUGAUCCACAAUUUUAAUACGGUUAUUUUUCACUACGACACAGUCCUUUUCAGAACCAAAAGUGGAUGGUGGAAAUCUUCUUAAACUGAUUUCGAAUCUUUUUUUUUCAUUAUAGUACAUUAAAAUUGUGCUUUCUGUCAAACAAAAAGAAUCAUUUUUUUUAGGAGAGUGAGCAGUAGGAAAAAGAUAUGAAAAUAAAGAGAUAACUGCUGCAAAAAUCAUAUUUUUUUAUAAAUUUUAUUUCAAACAGAAAUAAAAAAGGAUUCAAGCUUUCGUGUUACAUUCAGUGACACAUCGUCAGGAAACAUUAUGAAAAAUAUUGAGAAAUAAAUUACAGAUGUAGAAUGUUGCAGUUUUUAGAGCAAUUGAUGAUAAAGAGGAAGAAGAACAACAAAAAUAAUAAUUACAAAAAGAAAAGAGAAACAACCGCAUGAAUCCAUAGUUCACGUCAGUGUUGCAGUUAGCUGUUGGGAUUCUUUAAUUAAAUUAUGAUGUUGUGUAUAUAUGCAAAUAUAUGAGUAAGAUUUAACUGAUGACCAUUAAUUAAUUUUGUAGUAUAUAAAAAAGAGAAAAAAAAAAAAAAAAAAAAAUUUAUAUAUAUAUAUAUUAAUUAAAUAAGAAUGGUAAAAUAUCGAUGAAAACUCUUCAAUAGACAUGCAUAAUGUGUAUAUAAAUAUCUGACUCAGCGUAAGUUGAAACGUGUGUUAUAAUAUGUAUAAUUUUAUGAGUGAGAAUAAGACGAUAAACAUGAUAAAUAUUAAGUGAAUUAAUAGUCAAUUUAUGAAUAUAUAACGAUGAUAUUAUGAUAGAAAUCAGACAAUUGAAGUUAAUGUGGGUAUUUAUAUCUGAGUAGCAUAAAUAAUUAAUAAAAAUAUAUUAUAAUAAAUGUAUCCAGAUUUUGUUAAGACUAUGAUGUUUAAUUCUAAUUAAAUGCCCGUAUGUCUACAGGUGUAUGGAUAUAAGAACGCCAGUAAAUAUUGACUCGAUAGUGAGAUAUACCUAAGUGGGUGUGG